UCGAUAUUUAUAUAUUCUUUGACUUCUCUUUGGCAAUUAACAAUGAGGGGACGAGAGCAGACGAUUUGCGGCUGGCUUGUGGUGUCAAAUACAGGAGACUUGGUUCUUGCUUAUUUUUUUGAGAGUUUCAAGGUUUUGAUUGGAGUAAUUGGUAACAGUUUGUUUAUUUAUUUAUAGUAUUGAUUAUGUUUUCUUUCUAUUUAAUUAUGAUUUAUUUCAAUAAUAUGAGUUAUUUUAAUUCCUAGUAUUAUUUAUAAUGGCUAUAUUAAAUUUGGCCUCUUUUAGUUAUUUAGGAUUUACUGCUUAUCAACUAAAAUAAUAGUCAUGUUUAGUUAUCGAUGAGUAUUGUUUUAGUAUGUCGGCCAAACAACAAAUAGUGUAAUUAAGUUCAAAAUAAUAUCGAGAUGACUAUAUCUGGAUUUACAAGCCCCGUCAUAAGAAGAUUACUAAAAUUUAACUUGAUCUAAGGUUAGAAACAUUCCUACGUAUAUUAAUAAAUAUUUAGUGUUUUUAAUUAACAAUUAUAUUCACAGAAGAAUGGAUAAAUAGGCAGUUUGAACAGGAUAAAAAUUCCAAACACGCGAGAUCUUGUACUCAAUCUUUUCUUCCAUCCCCACCUCACUUCACACCAAUAGGCAAUGCUAGUAAUCAAAACACUCACUACCUCAAGAAAAACAAAAAUAAAAUGAAAAUGAUUUUAACUAUAUAUAUAUAUAUAGAAUCCAAACUUGUGUAUAUAAGAAACUCUCAUAAAUUAAAUUAAUAUUCAACACUCGAAAGUCCAAACAACAUUCUUAUCCGGUAGGAAGCAAUUGCAAACAUGGUGGCGGUGGGGCUCGGCGGCGGCCUAGGCACGGCGCUGCUUCGAAGCCGAUGGUUCAUGGUGUUCGGGUGCCUGCUGAUCAUGUCGAUGUCGGGGGCCACCUACAUCUUCGGCCUCUACUCCAACGACCUCAAGACCUCCCUGGGCUACGACCAGACGACGCUCAACCUCAUCGGCUUCUUCAAGGACCUCGGCGGCAACAUCGGCGUCAUGUCCGGCGUCAUCAACGAGUUCUCCCCGCCCUGGGUCGUCCUCGCCAUCGGCAUGUCCAUGAACUUCUCCGGCUACUUUAUGAUCUGGCUCGCCGUCACCGGCCGCAUCUCCCCGCCCCGCGUCUGGCAGAUCUGCCUCUACAUCUGCGUCGGCGCCAACUCCCAGACCUUCUCCAACACCGGCGCCCUCGUCACCUGCGUCAAGAACUUCCCCCAGAGCAGAGGCAUCGUCAUCGGCCUCCUCAAGGGCUUCACCGGUCUCAGCGGCGCCAUCAUGUCUCAGCUCUUUCAUGCAUUCUACGGCGCCGACUCCAAGUCCCUCAUCUUGCUCAUCGCCUGGCUUCCCGCCGCCGUCUCUCUCGUUUUUCUACCCGCCGUUCGUUUAAUGAAACCCGACAACAAGCCGGAAAGCGAAGUCAGAGUCUUUUACCAUCUCCUCUACAUAUCCCUGGGGUUAGCCGGUUUCCUCAUGAUCGCAAUCAUCGUGGAAAAUUGGCUCACUGACAGCCAGAAGUUAUACGCCGUCAGCGCCACCGUCGUCCUCAUUCUCCUCUUCGCGCCGCUUGGCAUCGUCUUCAGAGAAGAGCUCAAUAAUUGGAUGAAAAUGAAAGCAGACGCCGGCAACCAUCCGACCGCCGUGAGAGUGAUGACCGAGACGGUCGAGCCGCCAAAAGAAGUGGCGGCGGCGACGCCUUGGUGGAAAGACGUGCUGAAGCCGCCGGAGCGAGGCGAGGACUACAACAUACUGCAGGCGCUGUUCAGCAUUGAUAUGAUCAUUCUGUUCACGGCCAUCACGUUCGGCGUGGGCGGAACCCUAACCGCCAUCGACAACCUGGGGCAGAUCGGGAGGGCGUUAGGGUAUCCAGCGAAGACCAUCACGACGUUCGUGUCGCUGGUGAGCAUAUGGAACUACCUGGGGCGGGUGACGGCGGGAUUCGCGUCGGAGAUAUUCCUGGCCAAGUACAAGUUCCCGCGGCCGCUGAUGCUGACGCUGGUGCUGCUGGUGUCGUGCUCCGGCCACCUCCUGAUCGCCUUUGGCGUGCCCCACUCGCUCUAUGUGGCGUCGGUGAUCAUGGGGUUCUGCUUCGGGGCGCAGUGGCCAUUGAUCUUCGCCAUCAUCUCCGAGAUCUUCGGCCUCAAGUAUUACUCCACGCUCUACACGCUGGGCGGCGGGGCCAGCCCGCUCGGGGCUUACAUUCUGAAUGUGAGGAUCGCCGGCCAUUUGUACGACAUGGAGGCCGUGAAGCAGAUGGCGGCCAAAGGCCUCAGGAGGAGAGAGGGGGAGGAUCUCUCCUGCACCGGCGUCAACUGUUACAAGCUCGCCUUUCUCAUCAUCACCGCCACCACCAUGGUUGGCUGCAUUGUUUCCUUUGUCUUGGUGCUCAGAACUAGGAAGUUUUAUAGAGGGGAUAUAUACAAGAAGUUCAGAGAUGAGCAUGUUUUGGAAGGCUGAACACUUGGAAACAGGGUACUCUGUUUCUAAUCUACAAGUUUCAUCUUUUUAAGCUUGCUAAUAAUCAACAUGUAUUGUAGAUACAAAGUGUCAUUUAGUUUCUUCACACGUGAUUAUGAUUGUUGAAUCUCCUUCCUUUUGGGUCUGAAUUGGCCUAUCAAGAUUGGGUAUAUGGAUAAUUUUAGUUUGAUCA